AUGCGACCAAGCUCCCGUGGAACUCUCAGCCACUUCCAGCUGAUCACUACAGAGGGUGAGCAUAGAUACAAGCUCCUGCCAGUCUUCAACAAACCGCAUUUGGAUGGUGCAAAGCACAUACCAUGCCUGGAUACCUCGAUCGCCAAGCGGUUCAACGCGUGGCGUAUUGAUGAUAUGCUGAAUAUCAGCGGUCAUUUGGUUAGCACAGCUGAGGUGGAGAGCACUCUGCUGUUGCAUCCGCACAUCGCUGAGGCGGCUGUUGUGAGUCGAAUGCAUCCGGUCAAGGGCGAGUGUUUGCAUUGUUUUGUCACUUUGAAGAACAANCAGACUGCAAAUGGGACGGUAACCGCUAACGAUUCGAGUUAUCGCGGUAUUCAUUUGGACGCAACACUAAGAUCUGAGCUUUGCCAGCUGAUUCGCAAACGCAUCGGACCAUUUGUGGUGCCAGAUCACAUUCAGGGAAAGUUCUGUUCCGUAGUUCGUCGCUUCAGUGUGCUAGGGUUCAUCCGUGUUUCGGCAUCCUUGUCAAUAAAUAAAGAACCUCACGAAGCUGAAUACCGGAUAGAAGAUAUGAAGAAAGAGGCUCGUAUGCUACCAAAGACGCGCAGCGGCAAAGUUCUACGGCGUUUGCUUCGCAAAAUUGCCAAUCAGGACUUUGAUUUUGGCGAUACAUCUACCCUGGCGGACCAGUCGUGCUUGGAUGAGUUGGUCAAGUUGGCUCUAGACGCUUAG